CACACACACACAGUACCUAUCUCAUAGGGUUGCUGUGAAGAGUAAAUGAGUCAGUGCAUAUUAUGCUUUGAUCCCAGUGUUUAGCAAGAGCAAGCACUGACAAAUGUUUUCAUGCUCUUCUUUCCACUGUCAUCAGUCAUCAUCAUCACCAUCAUCAUCACCACCACAAACGCCAUCAUCUUACUCACCAUCAGCAUCAUUCCUGAGUGGUGAAGAUGGUGACUAAUUUUCUGGUUGACAUUAUACUGUUGGUAUCCCUAAGUGAGAGGCAUACAGACUUAUUCUACUUCCUGUCUACUUUCAGAUCAUGUUGCUCUGACCCCAUCCACGGUUCUGUUAUGGAACAUUCAUAGAGAAUUUUGAAAUUUGAUUGAAUUUGACCCAUAAUUUCAUAUGUGUUUGUUGUUUCCUUUACAUAAAUAUUUAUUUACAUACUUGGGAGAUUUCAAAUAAAGUAGUAAACAACUGCUAUGACUUAUGGGCAUUUAAUGAAAAUAUUUUUGAAAGUUCUGCAAUAUAUAUAUAUAUAUAUAUAUUUAGGCUUAUGCUUUCAUACAGAUUGUUCUUAAUUUUCAAAAGGUAAAACAAAAGCAGCAUGAAAAUGGGAAACCAAACAGUCGUCUCAGAAUUCCUCCUCCUGGGCCUGCCCAUUAGACCUGAUCAGCAAGACCUGUUCUACACUCUGUUCCUGGCCAUGUAUGUUACCACCGUCCUGGGGAACCUUCUCAUCCUCGCCCUCAUUUGCCUGGACCCCCACCUCCACACACCCAUGUAUUUGUUUCUCAGUAACCUGUCUUUCUCUGACCUCUGCUUCUCCUCUGUUACAAUGCCCAAAUUGUUACAGGACAUGCAGAGCCACAUCCCGUCCAUCUCUUAUGCUGGCUGCCUGACACAAAUGUACUUCUUCCUGCUUUUUGCAGACCUGGAGAGCUUCCUCCUUGUGGCCAUGGCCUAUGACCGCUACGUGGCCAUCUGCUUCCCCCUGCACUACACCACCAUCAUGAGCCCCAGGCUCUAUCUCUCCCUGCUGGUGCUGUCCUGGGUGCUGACCAUCUGCAUUUCUUUGUUGCACACCCUGUUCAUGGCUCGGCUGUCUUUCUGUGCUGAUAACGUGAUCCCCCACUUCUUCUGUGACAUGUCAGCUCUGCUAAAGUUGGCCUGCUCUGACAUUCAGAUAAAUGAAACGGUGAUUUUUAUCCUGGGAGGGCUUGUCAUUAUUGUUCCAUUCCUGUUGAUAUUUUCAUCCUAUGCACGAAUCGUGUCCUCCAUCCUCAAGGUCCGCUCUGCCAGGGGUAUCCACAAAGCUUUCUCCACCUGUGGCUCCCACCUCUCCGUGGUAUCUCUCUUCUAUGGGACAAUCAUUGGCCUCUACCUUUGCCCUUCAUCUAACAAUUCUACUGUUAAAGAGACUGUCAUGGCUGUGAUGUACACUGUGGUGACCCCCAUGCUGAACCCCUUCAUCUACAGCCUGAGGAAUCAAGACAUAAAGGGAGCCCUGAGAAGAGUCUUUUCAAAAUGGACAAUUAGCUUUUUUUUCAACCAGUGACUUUAAAGAUUAAAGGAUGUCUUCAAACAGUAGGUGUGAUACUGACAGUGAGUAGUAGUCUAAACAGCCUAGGUAGCACCCAAGCUUGGUGCGGCUGGUGCAGCGUGCAUAGCACCCCCAAGAAGACUUUCCCCCAAACGUCAUUAGAGGCAGGUUACAUUGUGCCUCUUGGGUUUGUCACUGAAUCUUGAUUGUGAUGCACCGUGAUGUGUAGUGGACACUCAAUGACUAUUAUUCAAUUUUGAAUAAAUACCACUGCAUUUUGGGGUUUAUUGCACUCAGGGAAUGUAUUGUUGUCAUUUAGUUGUUAAGCUGUGUCCGACUCUUUGCAAGCCUGUGGACUGUAGCCCACCAGGCUUCUCUGUCCAAUAUAGUAGUGCCCAAUUCUCUAAGAAACAAAUCCAAAUUUCUCAAACACUUCUGUACUUUGCUUCUGCCAAACAUGUCUACUCCAUGAAGAAUAUCUUCCAAUUUAUUAUGUAUUACUCUUGCAACUUUAUUCUCCAGGAGCAUCAUUUUCCCCCUUGCUAAUCUAUUCAGUUUUAAAUUUUAUUUUCAGGUAUUGAUUGAUUCAUCCAUUUAAUGAUCACAUUCUAAAAUUAUUUCUGUUUCCUUUAACUAUACCAAUCAUUUGUCAGUUAAUGGCAAGUUAAUUACUUCUGACGUGUGCUGUGCUAAGUCACUUCAGUUGUGUCCUACACUUUGCAAUGACAGGGACUGUAACCCUCUAGGCUUCUCUGUCCAAAGGAUUCCUGGGGCAAAAAUACUGGAGUGGAUCUUGCAACCAUGCCCUUCUCCAGGGGAUCUUCCCAACCCAGGGAC